AGAGGUACCUUUGUCUCUCAGGGUCUAUACCCCACCCGGAAGCUUGACGCGGUGACACCAGUUUCCGGCGGGCUCUUUAGAGCGCCGAACAGCUUCGGGGCAAAGGACCAUGCGAGGGCCUGAGCCUGGCCCUGACGCCACUACCAUGGAAGGAGACGUGCUGGACACACUGGAGGCGCUGGGGUAUAAAGGACCACUGUUAGAAGAACAAGCCCUUUCCAAGGCAGCAGAGGGUGGACUUUCUUCACCUGAGUUUUCAGAGCUCUGUGUUUGGUUAGGCUCUCAAAUAAAAUCAUUAUGCAACUUGGAAGAAAGUAUCACUUCAGCUGGGAGAGAUGACUUGGAGAGCUUCCAGCUUGAGAUAAGUGGUUUUUUAAAAGAAAUGGCUUGUCCAUAUUCUGUUCUUAUAUCAGGAGAUGUUAAAGAUCGUUUACAAAAGAAGGAUGACUGUUUAAAACUUUUAUUAUUUUUAAGUACAGAACUUCAAGCUCUACAGAUAUUACAGAAAAAGAAAUGUAAAAAUUCUCAAUUAGAUAAAAACAGUGAAAUUUAUCAGGAAAUUCAAGCUAUGUGUGAUGCACUUGGUAUACCCAAGCCCACCACUUCUGACAUUCCACUUAUGCUAAACCAAGUGGAAUCAAAGGUGAAAGAUAUUCUCUCUAAAGUCCAGAAAAAUCAUGUGGGAAAACCACUGCUGAAAGUUGAUUUAAGUCUGGAACAGGCGGAACAACUGGAAAGAAUCAAUGAUGCCCUUUCCAGUGAAUAUGAAUGCCGCCGGCGGAUGUUAAUGAAACGAUUAGAUGUGACGGUGCAGUCCUUUGGAUGGUCUGACAGGGCAAAGGUAAAAACAGACAGCAUAGCAAGAAUUUACCAGCCUAAGCGUUAUGCUUUGUCACCCAAGACGACUGUUACACUGGCGCAUCUACUUGCUGCUCGUGAAGAUCUCUCUAAGAUCAUUAGGACAAGUAGUGGCACUAGUCGGGAGAAGACAGCGUGUGCCAUUAAUAAGGUGCUAAUGGGAAGAGUCCCUGACAGGGGAGGACGGCCGAAUGAAAUUGAACCCCCACCCCCUGAAAUGCCCCCUUGGCAGAAGAGACAAGAAGGCGGCGGAAGGGGUGGUUGGGGUGGGGCUGGGGGAGGUGGUGGGAGAGGCGGUGGUGGAGGAGGAAGAGGAGGAGGUGGCUGGGGAGGAGGGAGGGGUGGUGGCGGAGGCUGGGGAGGAGGGGGUAGAGGGGGUUUCCAAGGCAGGGGAGAUUGUGGUGGCAGAGGGGGCUACAGUGGCAGAGGCGGUGGCUACGGUGGAAGAGGCUAUGGCGAUCCAUAUGGAGGGGGCGGCAGUGGUGGGUACAGACGGUAUUAAAAACGCAAAUUUAGGUAGUAGUGCUGACUUCUUGUUAGAUACAUUAGGCAUCGUGUUCUAGAUAACGUACUUGAAUAUCAUCUUUGAAGUAAGCACUAUGUUAGAGUCCCUGAUGAUGCCAUUCUUUAAUAUAGGUACCAAGAUGGUUUGAUACUUAGCAGUUGAUCUCUGAGAGGGAUGACUUUUUCCAUAUUCUGUGUACUCUCGAGCAUGUUGUCUUUUUUAAAAAAAACAAAAAGAUGAACAAAAAUUAUUUUUUAAAAUGUAAAUAUUUAUUACCAUCAAAUUUGGAAAAUGAAAAGUAUUUUAUUGUCAUGAUUUAAGACUGUUACCUGUAUUUUGUUCAGGGUUGAAACCCAUAAAUGACCCUACCUGUGGUAGCGAGGAAUAUAGACUCUUGGCUCAUCUCUAUUCCCGUGGAUGUUUUUAAUAUUCACUAAUUCUGUUUUUACAAAAUAGGGUAGAAGACUGAUAGUUGUGCUCAAGAGGUAGUUGCUGUGAUUUAUUUUUCAUAGGGUGAUUCCUCUGGUCAGGUUGCUGUUCAAGUUCCAUUGGCUGAAGCCAAGGUCUUCUUUUUGCUAUGCAUAUUUCAUUUAUUUUUCCAGUUGGAUUUGAAACCCAUAUGAUUUUGAUUGAACAAUUAAGUUAAAAAUUGAGGUCAGAAUGAAAGGGAUAAAAUGUAUCAGUUUUACACGGUGUUAAAAUAUUCCUGUAAACUGGUCUCUUCAUCAUUUGCACCCUCACUUUAGAUAACAAAAUAUUAAAAGGCAGGCUGAGUUGUAUCACAGGAUUAUGGGAAUGAUUUCCAGCUUCAGUAGAUCAUGGGUAAGCGAAGGCAUCCAUUAGUAAUUUGAAUUCCCAGCUAAAUUUGGGGAACACAGGGUUAGGGAAUGGCUCUGUGUAGUUACAGGAUCAAGAGUUGUGAAUGUGAAUUAGGGUGCUAGGGCCAGGGAUGCGCUGGAUUGAAAUGACCUUAGUAUCAAAGACUGAUUCACCUUCAUUUGUCACAUGAAAAUGAGACACUUGCCCUCUUCUCAGUUUAUUUUGUGAAGACCUAAAAUACAAAUGCAAUUUGUUGAAAAUGUAUAGGGUACCUAUUGUGAAAUGGCUUAAGAGUGAAGAAUGGUAUUUUUCUUAGCGUGGAGUCAAAGAAAAAGGGCUGCUCACACAGUUUUUACUCUCUGCAUAGUUUGUAGCUCAUAGUGGGCACUGGGUCCACACCUGUAACAUAACAACUUUUUGCAAUCCAGCCAACUCAACAGAUAAACUGAAUUGUUCCUAGCAGAAAGAUAGCAUUUAAUGUGUGGCAGGCUAAUUUUAUGUUAUGAUAAAUAUGACAUUAGUCUUUGAAUUUCUGUAAUACUUCAUACCUCAUAGGAGUUUAAGUUGAACACUUCUAGAUUGAUGCUGGAGUUGGAAUCGUCCCUAUUACACAUUCCUGUGACUCUCUCCUGAAUAAAACUCAGCCAUCUAGACACUAAUAUCUUACUCUGCGGUAAGGCAAGAUUUUCAUAGUAAUUUUUGAUCAGUAAAAGUUUCUGCAGAACAGUUUGCUGAGUAAUAUCUAGAAGAGCAACAAGGUGAGUUAGGGGCUUAAUGUGAAAGGUCAUAAUGUGAAAAUGUUUGAUAAAUUGAGUGUAGUACACAUGUAGAAUAUGAUCAAUGGCACUUCACCUCUUCCUAAAACCGGAUACUUGUUUUGAUUAACUUUUUUUCUUUUGACUUGGUUCUCAAUUAUUUUUUUUAUCUUUCUGUUUCCUUCCCUUUUUAUAUUGUUUGUCUAGCCUGUGGUACCUAAUAAAAUAGCACCUAUAGACAUGA